GUUCAGCAAGAUUGCGUUCUUUCGCCCAAGCAGGCGUUUGCCAGCGCCUUCCUCAAGCCCAGCAGCCCGGGGGUCAACGCCAAGGAUGAGAAUGAUGAUACCACUCCUGACCCUCCUUCCCCAACGGAAGGUCCAGCAUCCGUUACAGGAUUCGUUGCGGCGACUGCCUCGAUUCCGACGAUUCCUGGCAUGUCAGACGCGGAUGACACCGACAAGGCGCAGAUGCCGCCGGAAAAGAAAACGUCCUUCCAGGACGUUCGUCGCAGCUCAGAUGCCAGCCGUGCCAGCAAAGAAAGCAAACAGAGCAACAUCAGCUUCGACAGCGAUGGAUCACUGCCGUCCUUCUUCAAAGCGCAGACAACUGGCACCUCGCAGUGGAAGGAUUUCUUGCAGGACAGCGAGUCGAGCGUCUCAGCCAACCGCUUUGCCCGAGUCUGGAACUUCUUCAUUUUGAUGACGGUCUUCUUCUCGCUGACGCAGGCUUUGAACCCUCCUCUUCUUUCGGGUGUUUACGUCGGCUAUGCGGAAGUGGGCAUCGAGACGCUGUUUUGUGUCGAGCUUCUUGCACAUGCGGUGCUAGAGCCGCGCAAAUUGGCCAUUUUUCGGGAUUACCACACCUACAUCGACCUGGCUGCCGUACUCCCAAUCAUCUUGCGGAUAGAAGCAGGAUUUACCCUGCCAUCUAUUGCAGAAAAGCCCUUCAGCCACUACGUGCUGGUCGGCAUUGUGCCAACAGUACGACUGCUGAAGCUGAUGCGACGGUUUGGUAAACUCAGCUUGGUUUCCCAUGUGCUCAACACUACGGGAGAUGCUUUGAAGCUCUUGCUCUUCCUCAUCUCCGUGAUUGUCUUAAGCUUCUCCACGCUUAUGUAUAUUGUCGAAGAAGUUGACAAUGUUGAUUCUUUGAGCACGGCUAUGUGGAUCUGCACGGUGACGGUGACCACAGUUGGGUAUGGAGAUGUCACGCCCUUGACUACUUCUGGGCGGAUCCUAGCAGGAACUCUGUGCUUUCUAUCCGUACUUUUCAUGGCCAUGCCCAUCUCCGUGCUCGGCAAUGCCAUGACGCAUGCCUGGGCAGAUCGCAGCCGUAUCUUGUUGAUGACCCGUACGCGUCAGCGACUUAAGAGCUACGGCUAUGAAGCCAGUGACAUGCCAUCCCUUUUCCGGAAGUUUGAUAGCAACGGCAACGGGGAGCUCACGAUGGAUGAAUUUUGCGAUAUGAUAUCGAAAAUGAAUGUUGGCAUUCGACCAUCAGAAGCAGAAGAGCUGUUCGAGCUCUUCGACACAGAUGGCAGUGGAGGUAUUGAUGACAGAGAGUUCAUGAAGGCGCUUUUCCCUGAUGAUUAUCGAAAAAUCUAUAUCAGAACCACCACGAUGAAUACCUUCUGA